AUGGAGGUGUAUAUUUACACCCUUAUCCCCGUCCCCAAUAGGGGUCGGCGGGGCGGGUUUGGGGAUGGGUUCGGGGCGGAUAUUGAGAAUCCCAUCCCCGACCCCGAACCCGAAUUUGGCUAUCGGGGAAAAUCCGACCCCGAUCCCGACCCCGGGAGGUAUCCCAAAACCACCACUACCACUACCACUACCACUACCACUACCACUACCACUACCACUACCACUACCACUACCACUACCACUACCACUACCACUACCACUACCACUACCACGACUACCACUACUACCACUACUACCACUACUACCACUACUACCACUACUACCACCUACUACCACCUACUACCACCUACUACCACCUACUACCACCUACUACCACCUACUACCACUACUACCACUACUACCACUACCACUACCACUACCACUACCACUACCACUACCACUACCACUACCACUACCACUACCACGACUACCACUACUACCACUACUACCACUACUACCACUACUACCACCUACUACCACCUACUACCACCUACUACCACCUACUACCACCUACUACCACCUACUACGACUACUACCACUACUACCACUACUACCACUACUACCACUACUACCACUACUACCACUACUACCACUACUACUACUAUUACUACUACUACUACCACUACUACCACUACUACUACCACCUACUACCACCUACUACCACCUACUACCACUACUACCACUACUACCACUACUACCACUACUACCACUACUACGACUACUACUACUACUACUACUACUACUACCUAUGCUAUCUUGUGCCAGUACAGUUUUAAACUUAUGGAAUUGGGUUUGGGCCAUCAAAGGACUAAUAUUAUUUCACCUAAAGGUAAGGUUAAGAAGUAUAACUUUUUCCAAGAGCACUCAAGUCCAGCAUACUAA